CUGCCUAACAGUUUGUAAAAAUGCUUCCACUAUUAACUACUAGUAGAAUCAGCAAUAAGUUUUAUAUAAUUACUACGAGUGUUUUGAUUUUUGCGGAUUUGUUUGAUAAUGGAAAUUGCUUAACUUUUGUCAAAAAGGAAGAAUAUAACAGAACUCUUCAGGUCAAAACCAAUAAUGGCUUCGUACAGGGUUUCUCGAGAAAAAUGGGCAAUGGUAAAGACAUUUUUAUAUACCAAGGAAUACCUUUUGCAAAGCCACCCCUCUACAAUUUAAGAUUUAUGAGUCCGCAACCGCAGACGAAGUGGGCCGGUGUUUUAGAUGCCAGGCAGCAAACACAACCUUGCGUUCAACUGAUGUUUAGAACAACUCCAAUAACAGUCAAUGGAGUAGAAGAUUGCCUGUAUCUAAAUACAUAUUCACCUAUUAAACCUCGAAGUAAUGAAACCGUUCCAGUGUUAUACUGGAUUCAGGGUGGCUCAUUUCUUGAAGGAGAUGUGACAAUAUAUGAUCCAGAAUACUUCGUAGAAGAGAAUGUGAUCGUUGUUACUGCUAAUUACAGACUUGGGAUGUUUGGUUUCCUCAGCACGGAAGACGAAGCAGCUCCGGGAAACUAUGCUCUUAAAGAUCAAAAUGCCGUACUGAGGUGGAUCCGAAGUAAUAUUAAAGGCUUUGGAGGUGAUCCUAAUAGAGUUACAAUACUGGGACAAAGUGCAGGUGCUUGUUCUGUUAUGUACCAUAUGGUUUCGCCAAAAAGCAUAGGUCUAUUUCAUGGAGCUAUAGCUAUGAGUGGUAACAGUCUUAGUCCUUGGUGUCUUCAAAGAUAUCCAAGAAAUGUUGCUAGAGAUAUAAGUUUACAUUUGGGCCUUUCAAUAGAGAAUAGCACGGCUUUUGUAGAGGCUCUAAGAAAAAUGGAUAGCCAGCAGCUGAUGUAUGGUCAAGUAGUCCCAAUUUUAGUUAACUUGGCACAAAUCUACCACAACGGGCUGGCAUUUACUCCUGUCAUCGAGUACAACCACAAAGAUGCUUUUGUAACUGAAUCAAGUUACUCCCUCUUAGAAAAAGGUAAAUUUGCUAAAGUACCUUUAAUUAUUGGAACCACGAGUAUGGAGUUUAUUUUAUUUAAAAAUAUUAUAUCCCUUAUUAGACCACUUCUUUUCGUAUUUGACCUCAGUCCAGGUUUAAUUCCUAGUGGUAUGAAUAUUCCUUCAUUUUCACUAAGAAGAAUUGUGGGAAAUAAAAUCAGAAACCGCUACUUUCAAGCUAAAUCUGUUUUCGCUGCAACAUAUGAUGAAUUGUUACAAUAUCUAUCCGAUGUCUUCUUCAUCACGUCCAUGCAAAAAUCUGUGGAAUUGAUAACGAGAUAUUCGCCUGCAUAUAUGUAUGUUUUUGAUUAUGAGGGGCAAAUAGCAAUUGAAUCUUUGAGUUUAUUAAAUUAUCACAUUGCAAGGGAUGUGAAAGGCGCAGGACAUGCAGAAGAUAUGGUAUAUUUAUGGAAAGGACUUGAUAUGAAUAGAAAGGAAAGACUUGUUCAAAAUCGUUUAACAAAGAUUUGGACAAAUUUUAUUAAAUAUGGUAAUCCCACCCCAAUAAUGGAUGAAUUACUUCAGAAUGUAACUUGGCCGUCAAUCACUACUCCAGAUUCAGCAAUUUACCUGCACAUAGGAGAAAGUUUAACUUUACGUCAAGAUUACAGAGGAAGUUAUAAAAAAUUUUGGGCUGACCUUUUUGAAAAAUAUUGUCAGAAACCGUUUUAUAUAUAUUGAUUAUAAAAUUUGUUAAUAUAAAAUUAUAAUUUUAUCUAUAUUGUGGUCCCAAAUUUUAAUAUAGAAAGGGAAAAAA